CCGGAAGUUCAUGUUGACCAAUCAGUGUAGACCACGAGUUGCAAUUUUGUUUUCAGUAGAGAAGAGUGGCGAAGUAAUAGACAGGUUGAUUAUUGAGAGUUUGCGUGAUGUUUCUGUGAAUUUUAUAUCAUGAUUGAGGAAAAAAUUACAGAUAUGAACAUUGGUGGAGUUGUUAUUUUCACCAAAUCCUUAUUUAUAUUUCUUUUGCUUGAUGUUUACCUCAAAGGAUCACAUGCUAUCAGUAGCACGGAAGUGGAACAGCAUUUGGAGAUGGGGAAGAAAUUGUUGGCUGCAGGACAGCUAGCAGAGGCGUUACAACACUACCACUCGGCAGUUGAUGGAGACCCACACAACUAUCUUACUUACUUCAGAAGAGCAACAGUUUUUCUAGCCUUAGGAAAAUCUAAGUCAGCUUUGCCAGAUCUUACAAAAGUGAUUGAACUCAAGCCAGACUUUACUGCUGCAAGAAUCCAACGGGGAAACGUAUUGUUGAAGCAAGGGAAGAUGGAUGAUGCUGAGAAAGACUUUGCUGCAGUGUUAGAGAGAGGUCGUAAUGAUGAAGCUUAUUCUCAAAUGAAUGCAAUAGCUGAUCUUCGCGGGGACAUUCAAGAAGCAUACAUGUUGGUGGAACAUGGUCAGUUGCCUGCAGCUGUGGAAAUUUUAGGAAAAGUCAUAGAGAAAUGUCCAUGGGAUCCAAACCUUCACGAGACUAGAGCAGAAUGUUACAUUCAGAUGGGUGAAUACUACAAAGCCAUCAGUGACAUCCGUCCAACGACCUCGCUGCGGAGUGACAACAGACCGGCGUUUUAUAAGAUGAGUGAUCUCUACUACAAACUUGGAGAAGCUGAGGAGUCACUGAUUCAAAUCAGAGAAUGUUUGAAGCUGGAUCCAGAUGACAAACAGUGUCAACCACACUAUAAAAAGGUGAAGAAACUAGUGAAGCAAAUCAACGCAGCUCAAGAGGCCAAGGUCAAUGGUCAGUAUGAUGAGUGUUUGAACAAAGCAAAACAGUUCAUGAAGACGGAGCCAGACGAGGAGUUCUACCAGCUGAAGGGACAAUCUUUCCUCUGUCACUGUCAUGCUAAGGGUGGCAAUAUUCAGGAAGCCAUGAUGAUGUGCAACAGGUUACUGAAUAGAGAUCCAGAUAAUAUUGAUGCCUUAAUGGACCGGGGAGAUGCUUAUUUAGCCAGUGAAAAGUGGGAUGAAGCAAUAAAUGACUUUCAAAGGGCAGCUAAUAUGGAAGAGGGUAAUCGUAGAGCUCAGGAGGGGAUACAUCGAGCACAAAAACUUCUGAAACAAUCCAAAAAGAGAGACUACUACAAAAUUUUAGGAGUGAGAAGAACUGCAAGAAAGAAAGAAAUAUUGAAAGCCUAUAGAAAAUUGGCAGCUAUAUGGCAUCCUGAUAAAUAUGAUGGAGAUGAUAAAUCUAAAGCGGAGAAAAUGUUCAUCGACAUUGCCUCUGCCAAAGAAGUUUUAACAGAUCCAGAAAAGAGACGGAAGUUUGACGAAGGUGAGGAUCCAUUAGACCCAGAACAACAGCAGCAAGGGGGCGGGCCUUUCUGGCAUGAAGGAUUUAACCCAUUCGGAGGCAGUGGAUUUAAAUUCAAAUUCAACUUUAAUUAAUGAAGUGCCUCUGUUUAGGAGUCUUGUUAAAAUAUUUAUUGAUAUCCAAAUAUGUGUCUACAUGUGUAAGUGUGAGUGUAUGGAUGAAGUUAUUGUUGUGAGGGUAUGUUGGAUCUCAGACAUAGCAAGGAAAAUUAGAUUCAGUGAACAUCAUAUACCAUGAAUGAAUUUUUGUGUGUUGACAUCGAGGCAAGAUAUCUGUGAUUAUGUAUGACGUUAAUUGUAAGACACGUGUGACAUGGAGAGUGAGCUUACUUUCACAUUGUAUGUGUUUGAGUGGAAAGUUUUAAAUGUGAAAAUCUUUAUGUGUGUGGUGAAGUAAAUGUGUUACAUAUAUUAUAUGUUUGCAAAUUGUCAUGAAUGGUGUGACAAAAGUACUUUAUAAACAAUGUAAAUCCUUUGUCUCUCUGGUAGCUUGUGUGUACAGGGAAUAUUGCUGUGUGGUUCAUGAUUUGAAUGGUUGAAAUUUUGGCAGCAAAAUACAAUCAUAUGCACACAUGAAUGAUAAUUUCUUGAAAGACAACAAAAAGGUCAGAAACUGUGGUGUUUCUGCUUUUGGCUUGAAAAAAAGGAUAUGUACAUGUAUGUACACAAUCAGCUUGCAAUUAUAGGCACUGGAGUUGAAAUUUGGAGUGCUGGGGCUUUUAAAUUUGAUGUUGAAGAAGAAUAACAUUUUAUUAAAAAAGACUUGGAAAAUUUCAGGUUAAGAGUCCUGAGCAGGGCAAGAUUAGUUUUAAGAGUUCUUUUAUUCUUAGGAAAAUAUUUCUACAUGUAAGCAAAUAUGAAAAUUGAUGAUUAAGAUGUACAUAUGAUUUAGGAACUCCGUCAAAUAUGCAAAUGAAAAUGUUUGAUUUUUAGAGAAUUCUUUUAACAUUAAAUAUGAAAAAUUAAUGUUAGCUGAUUGAUAGAUAAGAUAUGUUGUACAUAUACAUAGAAAAAAGGUUACUAUACUAUUGUUUACAAAUGCAAUGUUUUGAUAUUAUAAGAUCAAACAUUCUUUUUGAAGAAUUUAUCAAUGUGUAAACUCUGCACAUUUUACUCACAAACUGAAUAAAAGUGCAAAGCACUUUUAUGUUAAGUUUGUGAAUAAAAUGUCCAGAGUUUACCCAUUGAUAAAUUCUUCAAAAAGUGUGUUUGAUUCUUAUAAUUCCAAUUCCUUCACUGAAUUAUCAAUAUAAUUUUUUUUAAAUAAUUUCCCUGCACUAUGCUUAUUGUUUUCAGGCGCGUAUGAAUACAUAGUGUUUUUUGGAUUUACCGAUAUAUUUAUUUUUGUCCAAUCAAAACAAUUGUAAUAAACAACAUUGGAAUUUUACAUAUAUAUUUACAUUUGCAAAUGUUUUCCAUAAUGUAAAAAUAUUAAUUACAGGAACAAUGUUAAAAUUUUAAAUGAACAGCAAUUUGCCAUGUGACACAUUUAUGGUGUCGUAAAUCUGCAUGAUUUAAAUUUCCAAUGUCAUAAUCCAGCAACACAUAUCAACAUUUUUUUCUGUCGUAACCACAUCUUUUAAGAUACAUGUACAUACUAUCAUUACACAUCAGCUAGGCACAAAUGUAAAUGUAUAUGAUAUUUCUGCAACUUCAUUGGGAUGUAAAAUGCAGUUUGUACAUGUACAAAUCUAUCAUAAUGUCCUGUAGACACUGUAUAGGAUUUGCAUGAUCAAUUGCAUUUCACUACGUAAUGAAGUUGUAGAUUCGAAUGUCAUUUUAUUUCUUAAGGUGACUCACUACACCUCGAAAGAGUUUAUCAAAUCAGCACAAGUGAUUUUAUUACAAAAGACAUGUGUGAUAUUGAGUGUACAUGUAUAUGUCAUAAAGGCAGAAGAUUGUAAAUUUUGGAUUAAAAAAAACAUGAUUUUUGAAAAUUUAUUUCAAUAGAUUUUGACAAAAGACUGGCAGAUUUGAACUCUGAAUCUGCAGGUCAUUAACCUAAUACUUUAUCACUGAGCUACGAUGAUAGAUAAAUUGAUCGAUACAAAUAUUCACAAAACAUUUAAAUUGCCAUCUUGUGACAUGGUGUCAUAAGAAGUUAAAUCUUGGUGUAAUGAGUGCAAUAUGUAAAUUUUUCAUGAAUGAAGAAAUCCAGCAAAAUAUGAAGGAAGCUCUCAUAAAUUUUUUGUAGAAUUUUACAUGAACCCCAGCACCAUGCAACUCAAUCGAAAUGGGGAGGGGUUCUAUGGUCAAACAUGAAUAGGAUAGGGGUGCUACAAUGUAUGACCAAACAAAAAUUCAAAACAAUGAAGCGAGCACCUGUUAUGAACCCCAAGUAUAAAUUAAAGAGUAGUUGUGCUUGUCUUACAGCUAUACACAAUUAUAAAAUGGCGUAGAACUUGUUUGCUACAGACCAAAAUGUGUAUAUAUCUUAUAGAGCUACUAGAAGAGCAGUGGGAAAAUUUUGCAGUGCAACAGCUGUUUUGUAAUUCACUGUAAAGAGUUAUUAGAGGAUUAAACAUUCUUUUUGAAGAAUCUAUUGAUGUGUAAACUCUGGACAUUUUACUCACUAACUGAAUAAAAGUGCAAAGCACUUUUAUGUUUAAGUUUGUGAGUAUUAUGUUAUUUGAUUUCAGGCAGGUAUGAAUUCGUCACAUUUUCGGAUUUAUUGAGAUGUGUAAAUUCUCGUUCAGCUUUAUUUUUAUCCAAUCAAAACAAUUGUAAUAAAUAUCAUUGGAAUUUAUUAUCAUGCAGUUAUAAAUGAAAAAAAAAACCCAGAAGAAAUAUAUACAAUUUUUCUUAUUAAUGAUCUUCAAGUUGUGUUUGGAAUGGGUUGCGGUAGUAAAUUUUACUUCCAUGAAGUAAGGAAUCUGUACUUAAACUCAAUACAGGGAAAUAACUCAGAGGUAAGAGACAGAAACAAAUCUCAGCUGUCUCUGGUCUAAACAUUUUGCAUUGUUGUACGUCAUUGAAAGAUCAACAUGAUGCAUUAUAUGUAUGUGGUAGUUGAUGUUAUGCAGUACUUUUGAAAGGUGUUUUUGCAUCAUUUGUCAUUUCAUACCGUUGUCUUACUGACACUAUUGUUAAUGAUCCAGAUGUUAAUCAAUACAAAUAAUACAGCCAAA